AUGAUGUCCUACAUUAAGCAACCCCAUUACGCCGUGAACGGGUUAACGCUGUCCGGCCCGGGCAUGGAUCUGCUCCACUCCGCCGCCGUUGGAUACCCCAGUGAUUAUUUUUUUGCAGGCACCCCGCGUAAACAGCGCCGGGAGCGCACCACCUUCACACGCGCACAGCUGGACAUCCUCGAGGCUCUGUUUGCCAAAACCCGCUACCCAGACAUCUUCAUGAGGGAGGAGGUGGCCCUCAAGAUCAACCUGCCCGAGUCCCGAGUCCAGGUCUGGUUCAAGAACCGUCGUGCCAAGUGCCGCCAGCAGCAGCAGCAGAGCACGGGCCAGUCCAAACCCCGGCCCCCUAAAAAGAAGGCAUCCCCUGCUCGUGAUGCCAACACUGAAGCCAGUGCCAACCCCAGCAAUGGACCCUACAGCCCUCCACCUCCUCCUCCAGGCACCGCCAUCACCCCCAGCUCCAGCUCUGCUAGCGCCACGGUGUCCAUCUGGAGCCCAGCUUCCAUCUCCCCGCUGCCAGACCCCCUGUCUGCCUCCACCACCCCCUGCAUGCAGCGCACCACCUCCUACCCCAUGACCUACACCCAGGCCCCGGCCUACAGCCAGAGCUACGCAGGCUCCUCCUCCUACUUCACUGGCCUGGACUGUAGCUCCUACCUGUCCCCCAUGCACCCACAGCUGUCGGGCACCGGAGGCGCCCUGAGCCCCAUCACAGCCUCCUCGAUGGGUGGGCCCCUCAGCCAGUCCCCAGCCUCGCUCUCCUCCCAGGGCUACACGGCCGCCUCGCUGGGCUUUGGAGCCGUCGACUGUCUAGACUACAAGGACCAAGCUGCCUGGAAGCUCAAUUUCAAUGCCACUGACUGUCUGGACUACAAAGACCAGAACUCCUGGAAGUUCCAGGUCUUGUAA